AUGCCUUCUGCCCUCGCACUAGGCUGCCUUGAGCCUGGACCAUCACUAGUUUACAAGACGAGCCAAGGUAUCCAAGCACGACAGCCAAUUCAAAUUGCCCUUGUUGGCCCAAAUGUAUGUUGGCCCAACAGCCCCGCAAGCUCAAACCGCGCUUUUGCGGGGGCCAUGGCGAAGCAGGCGCGGACCAGGAUCUAUGGCAACGAUGCGAUUGAUAGCAUGCCAGAGUUGGUGCAGGAGUGGUACCAUGCAGUUGGCACACCCAUGGGGCUUGGGAACAUGGCAUGGGCCAAGGAGUGCGUGAAGAAAGGCGUUGAUGUGAAUGCUCGCCUCGACGCCUAUGGAGGCACUGCCCUGUUCCUAGCCAUCGAGCAGGGGAACUGGUCCAUGGUCAAAUGGCUAAUAGAGGAGGCAGGUGUUGACAUGGAGGUCUUGGACUAUGGAGGCUACAACGCCCUCGACUAUGCGGCAGCCUGUCAUUGGCACCACCCUGACCGACCUCCACAAAUGCCAGAUGGAAAGCUGGCCCCCAUGGACAUCGCAAGCUAUUUGAAAAGCCAAGGUAUGAAGUACACCUGGUUUGGUGCUGCCUUGGCAGAGGACAUUGAUCGUUUGUGGGAGUUCUUAGACAAUGGCCAGGAUGUCAAUGAACGGGGUGGCCAUUUCAACAAGAGUGCCCUUGAAGAGGCCGCAGACAACGGAGGCUACUGGACAGCCAAGUUCCUCAUGGUUAAGGGGGCGCAGGUCAGUGUGACCCCGAAUUGGAUCUACGCUAUGGCACCUGAAAGCAGCUGCACUGCUAACAUUCAAGGCAAACUUGGCAAGUGA